AUGGCCUCCGGCACUGCCUACUCCUCUUCCGCCUCCCAAAUCCCCUCCCUCUCCCCCGCAGAGCUCUCCUACCUUCACACGUCCCUCUCAUACCCUAACAAUCCUAUCCGCACAGAUGGCCGUUCCGCGACGCAGUUCCGUCCCUUGACGGCUGAAACGGAUAUUUUGUCUGGGGCCAAUGGGAGUGCGCGGAUUGGGUUUGCGGAUGGAACACAGGCAAUUGUUGGGGUUAAGGCGGAGGUUGAAAGGACGGUUGUUGGGUCGGUGUUGGACGGGGAUGGAGAUUUAGGGGGUGAGGAAGGAGGAGGGGGUAAUGAGGAGGGGACGGAGGAGGGGACGGAGGAGGGGGAGGCGAGGAAAAGGGCUGGGAGGCGAGGUGGGGAGAGUUCGUGGGUUGAGAUGUCGAUUGAGAUUCCUGGGUUGAGGGAUGAUGAUUCGUUGCCUGUGUUUUUGGCGGAGAUGAUGAGGGAGGCGUUGAUGGUUUCUGGAUCGGGGACCGAGGGGGGUGGAGAUGGAAAUGGAGGGAUGCCACAGGGGUUGAAGGGGAGGCUGGUUAUUAAUGGUGGGUGGCAUUGGAGGAUUUAUAUUGAUAUCCUUCUCCUCUCCGCACCCCUCUCCUACCCCCUACCCCUCCUCUCCCUAACAACCCACCUCGCCCUCCUCUCCACAAAGUUACCCCGACUCAUCUCAAAAGACGAGGAGGAUCCCAUGUUCGACGACGACUGGGCGGCUGCAGAGUAUCUGUACCCACGCCGGCAACCCCAAUCGCAACCCCAACAACAAACACAAACCAAGCCAUUUCCAAUACCCUCAACGACACUCCACCUCUACCCCUUUCGGCCCCCCGUGACCCUCCUCGUGAUCUCCGUCGGCGACAACAUAAUCUUCGACCCAAGUAGGGAGGAGAUUGCGGUCGCGGAAGCUGUGCUUGCCGUCUCCAUUGGACGUGAUACUAGCACUCCCACCAAUAAAGGCAGCAGUGACAACAGCACCAGCUCACUGAAGCUACUCUCAAUCCGCACAAUCGACCCGCCGUCUCGCCUGACGCAUCCAGGCAUACCCAAUUCGGAAAACGCGGCGACGAUUGGGUUUGCGGCUGGAGGUGAGAUUGCGGAUAAGAUGGGUGCAGUGACUGGGGGGGCAGCGGUGGAUUCUGGGGAGGAUGUUGCAGGGGUUUGGAGGCCGAGGAGGGGCGGCGUUAAGAGGAGUGUUGUGUCGAGGAUUGUGAGUAUGGUUUUAAAGAAGGGGGGUGUUGGGGAGGAGGUUAUGGAAGGGUUGGAGGGGGUGGAGGUUGGGUGA